AUGCCUCCAGAUAGUGACAGCAUCAUCCGAUUCGGGGGAGAGGACACCUAUCGUGGAGACUGUUCAGUCGUGUGGGAAGAGCUAUAUGGAGAUUCGCCACUCACAGGUGAGCCACGAAUGGAAGACUCUCCACAAGACCGGGAGGAUAUGAGGCGAAUGCGCAAGAUACCGGAGCUGAGACGCAACUUUCGUCCACUUGCUGCGUUGAGUUUCUCGGCUGUCCUACAGGCCACUUGGGAAUUCAUACUCAUCUCCAACUCUCAAGGCCUUCAAAACGGUGGCCUCGCCGGGAUUUUCUGGUCCUACGUGUGGACAUUCUUUGGAUUUGGCUUCAUCAUUGUCUCUUUAGCCGAGAUGGCUUCGAUGGCCCCAACCUCAGGAGGUCAAUACCACUGGGUCUCAGAGUUCUCCUCGCCUCAUUAUCAAAAGUUUCUCAGCUACGUGACUGGAUGGAUGUCCGUCCUCGCUUGGCAGGCAGGAGCUGCAUCUGGAUCUUUCCUCACUGGAACCAUUAUCCAGGGUCUUAUCACCCUUCACGAUCCCAGUUAUGAGCCGCAGAACUGGCAGGGGACACUGUUCGUGUUUGCCAUGGUUGCAGUCAUCUACCUCUUCAAUGUCUAUGCAGCGAGCUGGAUGCCACGGAUGCAAAAUAUCUUGCUUGCGCUGCACAUGCUAUGUUGGGUCGUCGUGGUCGUUGUCUUAUUUGCAAUGGCCCCUCAUAACCCAGCAAAGAGGGUCUUCACUGAGUUUCACAAUGGUGGCAACUGGUCCUCCAUGAGCAUAAGCCUGCUAAUAGGUCAAAUCACUGCCAUCUAUGGAUCCUUGAGUACAUUCCCACUCCACAUCCGAUGCCUGGAAGAAGAACUAACGGCGAUUCUCAUAGGCUCCGACGCCACGGCGCAUAUGUCAGAAGAGGUCAAAGAUGCAAGUAGAUACGUACCGAUUGCGAUUGCAUGGGGCUAUUUUGGGAAUGGGAUAUUGGCUUUUGUCAUCAUCGUCGGCUUCCUACUUGCUCUACCAUCGGUCCCAGAUGCUCUAGCCGACAGUACAGGGUUUCCUUUUCUCUAUGUUUUCAAGCAGAUCCUUCCAACUUCCGGCGUGAACGGUCUGACAGCAAUCAUCCUCAUACCAGUGAUAUUCAGCAACAUUUUGUUCAAUGCAUCGACGGCUCGUCAAACAUAUGCCUUUGCGCGAGAUCGGGGCCUGCCAAUGGAAUACUGGAUCUCACGGGUCGACGAGCGCCGCGAAAUCCCAAUACACGCUAUCGCACUAUCAUGCUUGAUCAGCGGGCUGUUGUCGCUCAUAAAUAUUGGUUCACAAGUUGCUUUCAAUGCCAUCAUCUCGCUCAACGUUGCAGCUCUGAUGUUCACAUACGCCGUCUCGAUUAGUUGCGUGAUAUACCGAAAGAUCAGUUGUCCCGAAACUUUACCUCCUCGGCGUUGGAGCCUUGGCAAAUUUGGCCUCGGUAUCAACAUAAUCGGGCUGCUGUAUGUGCUAUUUGCACUUUUCUGGUCGUUCUGGCCACCGAGCCCAUCCCCCAAGGCGCGAGACUUCAAUUGGAGCGUUGUUAUCUUUUUCGGGGUGUUCCUCAUCAGCAUACUGAUGUAUAUUGUCCAUGGUAGGCGACACUACGUUGCUCCUGCUGUGAUGAUCACACGCAUUGAUUGA